GUCAAUCAUCGUGUCACCUUCGGCCGGUACGUCAUGGGCAAGAUGGCGGCGACCAUGGGUUGCGCUGGGUGAGCAGGGUGUGGGAGGUCCGCCUGCUGAAUUUCGCCCUCAGGCUUCUUCUGUGGCGCUUUCCUGCGGCUUCACGGCAACCGUUCUGCUCGAUUCCUCAGAUGUUGCCGCUCGGCCGGAGCUGGCACCGCAUUGCGGUGACCCCGAUCCCCACAACCUGGGCCCGCUGUGCGGGAAAUGGCGCCUCCUCGCCGCCUCAUGAUCUCAGUGCUUCGAAGUAUGACGUCAUUGUCAUCGGUGGUGGUCAUGCUGGCACAGAGGCGGCAUCGGCGGCUGCGAGGGUGGGAGCCCAGACACUGCUCAUCACGCACAAGAUAGACACCAUAGGGCAAAUGUCAUGCAACCCUUCCUUUGGUGGUAUUGGGAAAGGACACCUGGUGAGGGAAGUGGAUGCACUGGAUGGGCUCUGUGGUCGAAUCUGCGAUCAGUCUGGGGUGCAUUAUAAAGUGCUAAACAAGCGCAAAGGACCAGCUGUCUGGGGUCUCCGAGCUCAGAUCGACAGAAAGCUCUACAAAGAGAAGAUGCAGAAAGAAAUUCUACAAACACCACUUCUGACAGUUUGUGAGGCAUCUGUGGAAGAUCUUCUGCUGACAAUACCAGAGUCGGAUCAUCCUGGGAAAUGUUGUGUCAAUGGAGUCAUUCUGGACAAUGGAAGGAGAGUGCAUGCUGGAAGUGUCAUUUUGACCACAGGAACAUUUCUGAGGGGGACAGUCCUAAUUGGAUUGGAAAUGCAUCCAGCUGGGCGGAUGGGAGAUCAGCCCUCCAUAGGCCUUGCUCGAACUCUGGAGAAACUUGGAUUUAGCAUAGGAAGGCUCAAGACUGGGACUCCACCCCGACUGCUGAAAGACUCCAUUGACUUCAGCAACCUAGAGAUACAAUUAGCUGACAACCCUCCUGUGCCAUUCAGCUUCCUGAGUGAAAAUGUGUGGAUCAAGCCUGAAGAUCAGUUGUUAUGUUACAAGACUUACACCAACCCCAAAGUGGAUCAGAUCAUCCAUGAGAAUCUUCACCUGAACAACCACGUCCAAGAGACAACAAGAGGACCUCGGUACUGCCCCUCCCUUGAGUCUAAAGUUCUGCGUUUUCCAAAUCGCAUGCAUCAAAUCUGGCUUGAGCCUGAGGGCCUGGAUUCCAAUGUCAUCUACCCUCAGGGAAUGUCACUGACGUUGCCAACUGAGAUCCAGGAGAAGCUCAUCACCCACAUUCAGGGCCUGGAAAAAGCUAAAAUGGUACAGCCAGGCUAUGGAGUUCAGUACGACUUCCUGGACCCACGUCAGCUGACUGCCUCCCUGGAGUCUUGUCUUGUUCAGCGGCUGUUUUUUGCAGGGCAGAUAAAUGGCACAACAGGCUAUGAGGAAGCUGCAGCACAGGGUGUAGUUGCUGGCAUCAAUGCUGCCCUACGGGUCAAAGAUAACCCCCCAUUUGUCAUCAGUCGCACUGAGGGUUACGUUGGUGUUUUGAUUGAUGACCUCACCACUCUGGGCACCAGCGAGCCAUAUCGGAUGUUCACCAGCCGAGUGGAGUUUCGGAUGUCCUUGCGUCCAGAUAACGCUGACAACAGGCUCACUUUUCGAGGCUAUAAUGAAGCUGGUUGUGUGUCACAAAAGCGAUACAAACAAGCAUCUCACAUGAAAGCAAAGUUGGAAGAAGGAAUUGAAGCACUGAAGUCUGUUCAGUUCAGCUGCACAAAAUGGGCCCAGCUCAUUCCAGAGGCAAGAAUAAGUGUUCAGCGUAGCUCACUUUGCAGUGCUCUGGACAUCCUUCAGUACCAAGAAGUCAAUAUGAAUAUUUUGGCAAGAGCUGUCCCAGAGUCCCUGAAAAUGUUUUCUGAAUGGAGACAACUGGCAGAGAGGCUGAAAAUAGAAGCUGUUUAUGGGUGGUAUGUAUCCAGCCAGAAGUUGGAAAUAGAGGAAGUGCGUCGAAAUGAGGCUCUCCAGCUGCCAAAGAAUCUGGAUUAUUUUGCCAUCAGUGUAUCACUAUCACAGGAAGUACGAGAGAAACUGGAUUCACACCGUCCCCAGACAAUUGGUGCUGUCAGCCGCAUCCCUGGAAUUACACCAGCUGCUGUUGUUAACCUGCUGAGAUUUGUAAAAAACAGUCACCAGAGAGUAGAGAAAAUAAAAGGUUCAUCUAGGCAUGCUGGCCCCUUACCAGAUGGAGAUCUGCUGGAGCAGAAGACGUUCCAAGCUGCUGAUAUGAACAAUGCUUUCUGAGCAAAAGCCAGAGAACUAAUUUAUUGGUAAUAAUGACACUGAAUGUUAUAUAUAUGCAUGCCUGAAGCCUGUGGUUUUAAGGUCAUACACAUACUGUGUAUGUAUAUCACUGUCUAAUAAAUCUAUAAACAGAGCACAUUGGUGAUACACAAUGUAGCCACUGUCUCAAGCUAUCUUACAGAUCCAUAAAUCUAUGCAAUCUAAUGAACAGUGAUGGUGGCUGACAAACUGAGCAACAUUAUGAGGCUGUUUUCAUGUGCAGGCAAACCUGGGCUAGGAAAGCAUAGCCCAGUUGUUUUUGGAGUAGGCCAUACUUGGGGUAGAUGGACUAAUAGGCUGACUUGGUAUAAGACAGCUUUGUAUGUUCAAAAGGAUACAGGUAUUCACAGGUUGGCUCUAAAAUCAUAUUGAAAUACAAUUGUUUUCCCCUUGUGGGAAACACCCCCCCCCCCAAAAAAAAACAACUUUGAGUCAAGGUGGGUCUCCAUAGGUAAUAGUUACCCAGAUAGCACUGCUAUACCUGAUUUGGAGCUACAGGCUUGUAGUUUCCAUUUUGCCUUUCUGAACCCACAGGAUAGUGAGAUCAUCAUUUAGUUCACAUGAGCUAACUUACGGAGUAUGUCACUUGGCACGGAGCAUGGGAAAGGUGGCUCUAGGUACAGUGUGACUUGCGACUGCAGGAGGACCAUCCCUCUGCUCACCUCCUGGAUUGCAACUCAGGUUAAGAAGCUGAAGUAGUCACAAGUUAAUUAAGUGCUAUUCUUCUGACUUGCUGGCCAAACGCUCUCCCCCUAUAUUGGCACAUCAGACCAGCACAAGCUUAUCACCCUCACAGGAAGGACUAGAUAAGAGGUAACAGGCUCAUCACAAGUUAUGUGUUUGGGCAUUAGCCACACCAUCUUGCUGUGUCUGGGCUCUUGUUGCCUCCAGAUCAGCCCUGCUUCCAAGCCCAUUUCCUUCCCUAACAAAAGUGUUAAUGGCUGGCUCAAGGUGCAGGAAGCAACCUUGUGAAAACAUUCCUAGCCAUUCCCAAGGUCCUUCCCAACCAUGAGAUAAGCUCUGAUGCACCCAUUUCAUUCCACCCUACAAAGUUUCUUAACCUAUUCACCUCAUUGUGCGAGUAGCAAUGUUUGAACUGAACACAAUGCAUUCCUUUUCUCAUCACCAUUGUCUAGGGAUGUGCACGGAACCGGAUGUGCACGGAACCGGUUAGAGGCCCCUUUAUGGGCCUCCGAACCGGUUCGACGGCGGGGGGUGUCUAGUUUUAAGAGCCGGGAGAGGGUGCAUGCACCCCUCCUGCCACCCCGUUGCCCAGAUAUGACGAAGUCUCUGGUGCAUGUGCACAUGCCCAUGCUGGCACGUGCAGGUGUGUCAGAGACUUCCGGUCAUAUCCAAGCAACGGGAUGGCAGGGAGGUAUGCCGCUGUCCCAAGGGCUUUUUAAAAAAUGGAUGCCAGCACGGGGGAAAGCAGCGGGAGGUGUAAGUGCACCCUCCCCAGCUCUUAAAGCAGCACCCCUGCCACGCUUCUGUGCAUAUCCCUACCAUUGUCACCCUUUCCAACAGAAAGGUGUGGUCAGCAUUCUGCCUCAGGGCAAGAUGCUGCCUAUUUCAGCCCUUGAGACCACCAAACUGUGUGUCUUUUCCUUGUAUUCACCCACUGAGUGUCCGUGCAUUUGGGCAUUAGCCACAUCAUCUUGCUGUGCCUGGACUCUCGUUCCCAUCCUGCUUGUUGCCUCCAAAUCAGCCCUGCUUUGAAGCCCAAUCUGUGCAGCGUGCUUGGCUGCAUCCAGAUACUGGCUUUCCUAAGAUCAGACCCUCUGGAUUUUUCCUGGUUCUUUGAUCCUCAUGUGACACUUGAGUCCCCACUUCUACCUUCCCACCUGUCCCAGAGGAAAGAGGUCCUUCAACACUGGUAGAGCUACAAGGGUCCAUACACCCCACCUGCCAGACUUGGGUAUUACUAAUCUCUGUUCUAAAGCCUCUGGCUCCCCUCCAGCUCUCUUUAAAUCCAAAGCUGUUCCCUUAUACACUUUCUCUGAUCAGCCCUGAGUGGAUUUAAUUCAGGUCUAAAGCCAAAACAUCUCUCCGUGAGCUUCAAUUUAGUACUAUUAAUAUCAGUCUGGUUAGCUCUAAGUUAAUAUUGUGUUGCUUGCUAAUCAAGAUUUCUUCCCUGUACCCUGAAACCCUAAAAUGAACUUGAUUCCCUAUUGUA